AUGGCUCGACAGCUAUCCAUCUCCGAUGUUUCUCCAGGAGAAACAAGCCCAAGAAAAGGACAACAGCUAUGUCUCAACCUCAAACAGAAAAAAGUAUUACGGACAACUUUCGCGCAGAUGAAUUCAGGUGGAGCAUUUCUUAAGCUGAUGGAACAAGUAUUUCGAAGAUUAGAAGCAAAAUAUCCGGAUAUUAGGUCGAUAUUUUUGACAACGGCGUUUGUGAAUUCUUUGUCAAGAGAACGAUCUUCACCACCUUUGGUUCGUACCGAACACGAUCACUGCAAGUGCCUGGUAGCCUUAUUCGAGAAAAUCAUGGAAAACCUCGACGAUGCUAAUAAUCAGCUCGCCCUUAUACGGUCAUAUGGAGAAAAGCACGCGCAG